GAGGCUAAAAAUUCUGACGUCCUUACUCUGCGACAUGCUAGAGGGAAAGAAGAAAGCACAAGAACUGCCGCAUUUUGACAACAACAUCUGAUUGUUGUUGUUUUAUGAAUCAUUUAGUGUCUCAUAAGUUAAAGUAUACAUGUAGCUAUCAAUAAGUGUACUGUCAGUAGCUACAUGGGUGUAGACUUUUAACUUCUGUCCCUGGUGUUGUGGUUAGCUAAGUGUAGUUAGCGUUAGCCGGCAGUUAACAGUACAAGUCAACGUUCUGAUCGGUUAACGGAUAUUUUGACAGCGUUUGAGCGUAUCGUGCAACUGUCGCUUGUUUCCGUCGGCGGUAUGAGUUAUGGAUAUGGUGGUGGAGGUGGGAGAAAAGGUAGAAGAGGAGGUCGAGGGCACAGAGAUGGAAGCAGAGAGAGAUGGGACAGGGGCGGUGGAGGAGGCUCGAGAGGACACAGUUACGACUUUGACCAGGACCGAGGAGGUGGUGGACAACGAGACCGUCCUCCUCCACAUCUGAAGGGUCGUGAAAUUGGUCUGUGGUACGCAAGAUACGGAGCCGUGAGGAGGAAACAGGCUGACCGGAGAUCGCGGGCAGUGGUCCAGAUGGAUGAGGCCAGAGAGCAGCACAUUACCAAGCUGCUUAACUCUGUCCAGAAUGAUCAGCUUGGUCCAGAGAGAGACGGCAGGGGCGCAAUAGCCUCUACGUCUGGCAACUGGAGGACAGCUGCCAGUAGAGGUGGUCAUUGUUACUUUGAUGGGGAUGAGCCUGAAGAGGAUAAACAGAUGAUAAAGCUGAAAUCUGAGGAUGAGGAGGAAGAAGUUAGUUCGGGCCAGAAGAAAUCACAGCGCAACAGCUCUGCUGCAGUCGAUAAAGAUGAGCCUCCUGACAAGUGGGAUGAAGAAGAGGAGGAAGAAGAGAAGAAAGAGGAUCUGAGAAGGAGGGACAAAGAUGUGGAGUUUUUAUUUCAUGAAGUAGUCAGAGAUAGUUCACUGGACGACCAACUGAAGAGAGAUCUGCAGGGCAAGAAAUCAGAUCUAAAGUACAAAGAAAUGCUGAAAUUCAGGGAAAAACUACCAUCCUAUGGGAAAAAAGAGGAGCUGGUGGAGCUGAUCAACUCGAACCGUGUCCUGGUAGUAAGUGGGGAAACAGGGUGUGGAAAGACCACUCAGGUCACCCAGUUCAUCCUGGAUGACUACAUCAAUAGAGGUGUGGGCUCCAUGUGUCGUGUGGUCUGCACGCAGCCACGUCGUAUCAGUGCCAUCUCGGUAGCAGAGCGUGUAGCAGCAGAGAGAGCAGAAAGUGUUGGGAAUGGAAAUUCUUGUGGUUACCAAAUCCGCCUGCAGAGCCGGUUACCACGGAGACAAGGUUCGAUCCUGUACUGUACAACAGGCAUUAUACUUCAGUGGCUUCGCUCAGACCCAUUGUUGUCCAGUAUCAGCCACCUGGUGUUGGAUGAGAUCCAUGAGAGAAACCUGCAAUCUGACGUUUUGCUCGUCAUUGUGAAGGACCUACUCAACCUUCGAGAUGACCUCACGGUCAUCCUCAUGAGUGCCACACUCAAUGCAGAGAAGUUUUCCAGAUAUUUUGAUAACUGUCCAAUGAUCCACAUCCCUGGUUUGACGUUCCCUGUGAAAGAGUUCCUACUUGAGGACAUUGUGGAGAUGACCAGGUAUCGUCCCCAGAACCAGGACCGUCGACCCACAUGGAAGAGAGGCUUUUGGCAGGGCCGGAACUCCAGACCUGAAAAAGAGGAAAAAGAAGCUGAAUACCAGGAGAGCUGGCCUUGCUAUGCACGCACUCUGCAGGGGAGAUACUCUGACAACACCAUUGAGGCACUGGAGAUGUUGGACGGUGAUGAGAAGAUUGACCUGCAACUGAUCCUGGCAUUGAUUCGCCAUAUUGUGCUCAAUGAAGAGGAGGGAGCAAUCUUGGUUUUCCUGCCUGGCUGGGACAACAUCAGCAAUCUCAAUGACCUGCUCAUGGCUCAGCAGAUGUUCCGAUCAGACCGAUUCGUUAUCAUCCCUUUGCACUCCCUCAUGCCCACCGUUAAUCAGACGCAGGUGUUCAAAAGGCCUCCUCCUGGAGUUAGAAAGAUUGUGAUUGCCACCAAUAUAGCUGAGACCAGCAUCACCAUAGAUGAUGUUGUAUAUGUCAUAGAUGGAGGCAAGAUUAAGGAGACCAACUUUGACACCAACAACAACAUCAGCACUAUGACAGAAGAGUGGGUUAGCCUGGCAAAUGCCAAACAGAGGAAAGGACGUGCCGGCAGGGUGUGUCCAGGGAUGUGUUAUCAUCUGUACAAUGGCCUCAGGGCCAGCCUGCUGGAUGCCUAUCAAUUACCCGAAAUCAUGAGGACACCACUGGAGGAGCUGUGCCUGCAGAUCAAGAUAUUGAAGCUCGGGUCUAUAGCGCGAUUCCUGGAGAAAGCCCUGGACCCACCCACUGAAAAGGCUGUCAACCUAGCCAUCAAGAACCUCACAAACCUGAACGCCCUGGACCAUGCGGAGAACCUGACGGCGCUGGGUUUCCAUCUGGCUCGCCUGCCUGUGGAGCCUCACAUUGGGAAGCUCAUCCUGUUUGGGGCUCUGUUGGGCUGCCUCGACCCCGUACUCACCAUUGCUGCUUCGCUCAGCUUCAAAGACCCUUUCUUCAUACCCCUGGGUAAAGAGAAGAUGGCAGACAUGAGGAGAAAGACCCUGUCCAAAAACUCCAAGAGUGACCACCUCACUAUAGUCAACGCCUUCCAGGGCUGGGAGGAAACAAAACAGCGUGGUGCCAGGUAUGAGAGGGAGUACUGCUGGGACAACUUCCUGUCUGCCAAUACACUCCAGAUGCUGCACAACAUGAAGGGUCAAUUUGCCGAGCAUCUAAUGCAUGCAGGCUUUGUCAGCAGCAAGGACCCCAAAGACCCCAAAUCUAAUGUCAACUCAGAUAAUGAGAAAUUAAUCAAGGCAGUGAUUGCAGCUGGUCUGUACCCCAAGGUGGCCAUGAUCAGGCCAUCUUUCAGCAAAAAGAGACCAGGGGUUAAAGUGUACACCCAGGCUGAUGGAAAGGUGUGUAUCCACCCGAAAUCUGUCAAUGCUGAGGAGACGGAGUUCAACUAUGCGUGGCUCGUCUACCAUCUCAAGAUGAGAACCAGCAGCAUCUUCCUGUAUGAUUGCACCGAGGUGUCCCCAUUCUCACUGCUGUUCUUUGGAGGGGACAUUACAAUCCAGAAAGACGAGGACCAGGAGACUGUGGCGGUGGACCAGUGGAUUGUCUUCAGAUCGCCAUCGCGCAUUGCUCACCUUGUCAAGAGUUUGAAAAAGGAGUUGGAUUCCCUGCUGGAGGAGAAAAUUCGUAACCCUGCUCCUGUGGACUGGCAAAACCGUCAGUCCAAAGACUGCGCUGUCAUCACUGCCAUCAUAGACCUCAUCACCACCCAGGAGAAGCCUGCGGGCGGGACUACGAGCUAUGACAGAACGUGGGCGUCUGCCCCGAGAGGACAACACAUUCACUUCAAAGACGAUGCUGAUGACGAUGAUGAUUAGAAGUGGCCGUGCCUGAGCCUGGCCACAGAAAGAAGAGCCUGGGAAAUGACUGACUGCAUCUUCGGACACAGAGGUUAGCUGGAAUAUUUAUGAUAACCAGCUGGCCUCCAUGAUGGUGCUUCUUGGUUAAAAUUUUAGUGCUCCCUGGAUCCUCUUAAAGGCUAAACCCUGGACACAAGAGUACUGGAAAAUGUUACGCACUUGAAUGACUGACUUUUUUUCUCUCCCUCCUGCAUAUUCAAUCAUUACUUUGCAGGGAUCAGUGCUCAAAUACACUCAGUAGCUGUUUUGUUUAUUGUUUAGUUUGUACAUUUUUCGUUUGGAUAACUCAUGCUCAUGUUUGAGGAACGAGUAAGGCUGUAACAUUAAAAAAAACCUUGCUUCAUCUGCCGUACUGGGCUAAGAUUCCAGCUUCCUUUGGUCUAUCUAGCAGUGGUCCUCAGAGAAAACAGAUGUCCUCUUCAUCACUGAGAACAUGCGGCAGGUCCCAUGAAAUGAAGCUUUUAUUCAUAGUGGCUGAUUAAAAUAUAUGAAGUCUGACUUAAGCAAGUUUCUGCAAUAUAAAUCUGUAUUUUGAAAAAAAAAUGUUACAAGCUUGUUUUACAUAUUUACAUGUACACAGAUGAUCUACAAUAGUUACAAGUACAGGAAGUGAUUGAAAUAAAGGUCAGUUCAUGCUUA